UCUGUGCCAUAAUUACCAGCCGAGAGUUUGGCUGUGGCCACUGGUACAGAUCCUAGGGUUCUCUGGGGAAAAGCAAAAGUAACCUUGCUCGGGAUUGUGGGAUCCCCGCCUCCAGCCUCUUUCCCUCCGCCCAGGAGUAGGUGCGCAGCACCGCCGCUAGGGGACGCAAAUGCAUCACUUGCCGGUCCAGCGACGGGGCGGGGCCAGUCGCAGCUUCCGGCUUCCGGCCGAGAGGGUGGUCGGCCGCAGCCGUCAUGGCAGCUGAGGAGAAGGACCCCCUGAGCUACUUCGCGGCUUACGGGAGCAGCAGCUCCGACUCGUCGGGCGAGGAGAACAGCGAGCCGGAAGACGGGGGUCGCAAGGAGGCGGCGCCGGCUCCGACGACGGGCGGCCGCGGGAAGCCGGCGGAGAAGCGGCUGCCGGGCCCCGAGGAGCUGUUCCGCAGCGUGACCCGGCCGGCCUUCCUCUACAACCCGCUCAACAAGCAGAUCGACUGGGAGCGGCACGUGGUGAAGGCGCCCGAGGAGCCUCCAAAGGAAUUCAAAGUCUGGAAGUCCAACUAUGUGCCACCCCCAGAGACCUACACUACUGAGAAGAAGCCGCCGCCGCCGGAGCUGGACAUGGCAAUAAAAUGGUCGAACAUCUAUGAGGACAAUGGUGAUGAUGCCCCACAGAAUGCUAAGAAAGCCCGGCUUCUGCCGGAAGGGGAGGAGACCGUGGAAUCGGAUGAUGACAGAGAUGAGCGUGCAUCUAAAGCUCGAAGAGUGGAGCCAGAAGCAGCCAAGAAGAAGAAGUAGAGGGGCAGUGGCGAGAACACUGGGCUACAGAGCUCCUGAGAUGUGUCGUUGGCUGGAGUGUUUGCUCUUGUGGUUCUCAUGACAGACAUCUCCAUGAGAGUAUUUAUGUUAAUGAACUAACAAGUAUUGCCUCAAGACUUUCCACUGUAGAACUGAGGUUUUUAUUUAAAACCUGUGUGUAUUUACAACUCUAAUGGUGACCUGUGAUUGUGAACUGACAGUACUUGGAAGCAUUCUGGCUAUCACAGAAUUGGUGACAGGCUUUGAGAGUUUUGUCACAUGGACAUGCCAAUGUUCUUUGGACCUUUUAUAAAGGAAUCUAUUUUUAAAGUAAAUAUAUUGUAAUGUACUGUGAACUUGUGGGUGCUCUUCAUUAGUGUCUGUACAGUGUAAAUAGAUGAUCAUGGAAAUAAAAUUACUUCCGUCAACAUUGCUAUUAUUGUAUGCCACUAACAAGUGUUUGUAACAAGCAGCCUGUUUGCCCUGUGACCUUUUAAUUCACGGUAGGGAUUAGCAUGUAGGGAGAGCCUCCCAUGUUUAGGUGCCUUGUGCAUACUUCUCUCCAAUGGUCCUGUAAAGUAGAUAUUAGUAUCCUAUUUUGUAAUGAAGACAGCUAGAAGAACUGGACAGGGCUACACAGCCAGUGAGUGGAGACUAGCAGAUUCACUCAGGACUCUGACUCCAGAGUCAGAUUAAACUACCUGACCUCUCAGCAGACUUCAGGCAUUUUCCAAGAACAUUAUCUCUUCCACAUACACUUCUGUUGUUAGGGGCGGUCUUUUCCUGCCCUGGUUAUCAGCUGCACUUAACAUACCAUACAUGCCUUAUAGUGUGAUUAUUUUUUCAUCUCCUCAUUAAAUAUGCUGAAGAUAGGCUCUUCUAUGAAAGAUUACCAGAUUCAGCAAAGAAGAGCAUGUCCAGUUAAAUUUGAGUCUGAGUAUAUGUGAUAUAAGACACAUUAAAAAUUCAUCUGAAAUUCCAA